CGAGGGUAUUCGGCGCACGUCGGCAUCAAUUGAAUCCAUCAGACUAACUCCUCUCAUCGUAUAUCUACGGCAUCGACCUUUGGAACGUCCCCAUCCAUGAGUGGCCAGGCGACCACGGUCGAGGAGCAGCCUCCACCGGACGAACCACCAGCCCCUGCACAACCGCAAGCAAAAACCCAGCCACAGGAGCCGACACAGCAGCCACAGGCAUCCUCAGCACCAGCACCAGCACCGGCAGCAGCAGCAGCAUCGCGUGUGAAGGACCAGACAGACGCGAGCAGCAGUACCAGCGGCAGCAUGAGCAGGGACGACAGCAAGGCCUCCAGGGGCGCGAGGGAUGCGACCAGUGGCGCGGCGAUGAUUGACAAGGACGACAGGAGGCCGUCGGAGCUCACCGAACAGGAAACAGAAACUGAGUCAGAAACCGAGGUGAGCGCUUUCCUCCCCUAUCCAACCAUCCACAUGUGCAGUGCACGCCUGUCUGCCUGUCUGCCUGUCUGGUUGUUUCCUUGGAUGCUUGUGGGCAGAUGACAGAGGGCGAGUCAGAGCGCUCUCGACGCCGCAACCGGUCGUCCUCUCUGCGGAGCGGUGGUAUGUCGUCGUCGAUGAAUCCGCCGUCAGGUCUGUCGUCGUCUGCUUUCCCCCCUCCCUCGCACACACCCUCGACGCCCCGGGGCGGGUCGUCCUCCUACCUCAUGCGGCACGACAGACACGGCCGGGGGCCCAUGCCGCAGCUGGAGGCCGACAAGCCCUGGCAGCAAAAGAUGAGGACCUUCAGGACCAGAACGAUGUGCGUACGGGUGGGCACACGUGUGGGUGCGCUGGAGGGGAGUGGAGUGGUAUGGUAUGGUUGGGAUAAGUAAGGGAAGAGGGGUCUGUGUGUGUGUGUGUGCGUGUGUGAUUGUGUGUGUUUGCAGCUGGACGUUGAUUCUUGUGAGUUCGUUUUUCUGUUUGCUGGCUGCGGGGCACAUCUACUGCACACUCUUCCUGCUGGUGGGUGGGCGGGUGGACGGGACGGGAUGGGAUGGGAAGCAAAGGCACACACACAUGAAUGUAUUGUUUGUAUGGAUGCAUUCAUUCAUCCAUCCAUCCCCGUGUGGUGUGGUGUGGUGUGUAUGUUAUGUGCAGGUGGCCACUGGGGGGAUCUAUGGCGAGGUGAUAGCCAUCAAGAGGAACGUCGAAAAGGACAAGAAGAUGCCGCUAUUCUUCUUCCUUAGGCAGCCAAACACACACACACACACACACAGACAUAUACACACAUUCUCUCUCUGAUCCCAUCCACUCACUGUGGUGGCUGUGCUGGCUGCAUGGAUCGCCUCCCUCCAUCAGGUGGUACUUUUUCGCGUGCACGAUCUUCUUUGUGGGGGCCAAAUGGGUGUCGCCGCUUAUCGAGACCUUCUCACUCAAGUACAUAGCGGUGGACGUCAUCCUCUCGUACCACCCCUUCAUCUCCUUCGUCGCAUUCACCACCGGAUUCAUCGCUUUCGUCCUCACACUGCGCAAGUGAGGGAGGGAGGGAGCCGCUGGCCUGACUGACCACUGAGUGACCUUCCUGGUGGGGGAGUGGCUGCAUGUGUGUGUGUGUGGCGGUGUGGUGUGUCAUGUAUGUCAGGUUCACGUUGCGAUAUCAGUUCAAGCAGCUGGCGAUGGUGCUGAUAACGCUGCUGGUGGUGGUGGUCAACAGCCUGUCGAUGAUCGCCAACGUCUACAACGGACUCAUCUGGUUCGUACUCCCAGCCACACUCGUCGUCGUCAACGGUCAGCCACCCACUGCCACCCACUCGGACACGACACUCGCCCCGCGUGUGGUGUGCCUUUUCAUGUGUGUGUGACGUGCUUUGCUGCAUGCCAUGUGUGAGUGCAGACGUCUUUGCGUACAUCUUCGGUGUGUUCUUCGGCCGCACGCGGCUCAUCGCCCUCUCGCCAAAAAAGACCUGGGAGGGAUUCAUCGGUAGGUACGCCAGAGAGAUAAGCAAGAUACAGACAGACAGAUCCACACAUGCAUGACAUGAGUGCGUUGAAUGGCUGCAACGUUCCGCUGGCUGCAGGUGCGUCCAUUGUGACGAUGGUGUGGGCGGUGCUGUGUGCCUCAGUCCUGGAGCAGUACAAGUGGUUCAUUUGCCCACAGGUAGACAGACAGACAGACCAACGCAACGCACACACACACACACACACACAUACAGAGUUCUCUCUUACGUACAGCCACACACAUGACCCAGCUAGCUCAUUGUGUGAUGUCACGUGCAUUGAUGUAAUUCUUGCAAUGCAUUCGUUGCGUUGCGUUGCAGGAGAAGAUAACCUUUGUGCCGUUCCGUUGGGACCUCCACUGCGACCCCAACAUCGUCUUCACACCAAGGCCUUACAGACUGCCUGCCAGACUCGCCGACAUGGCUGGUAUGUAUGCCACCCACACAAUGAAUCAAUACGUCCUGAUUCCAUUCGUAUGUGCCGCUCCCUGCGUGUGGUGUGUGUGGGACACAUAGGUCUGUCUGAGCUGGUCAUCACGCCCAUGCUCGGCCACGCCAUCGUCCUGGGCUUCUUCGCCGCCAUCAUCGCACCCUUUGGCGGAUUCUUCGCAUCAGGCGUCAAAAGGGCCUUCAAGAUCAAGGUAGGUAGGCCAGCCACACGCCCGCACACACACAGACAUUGCUCGCACGCCACGCCCUCCAUGUGUGUGUCGCCCGGCCCAUGCAGGAUUUCGGUGGGAGCAUCCCGGGUCACGGCGGCUUGACGGACCGCUUCGACUGCCAGAUACUCAUGGGCAUCUUCACAUACAUCUACUACAACAGGCAAGGGAGAGAGACACACAACAAUUAGUCAAUCAGUCAGUCAGUCGACCACCACACCAACACACACACAUCCACGCCUGCCUGCCUCCCCGUGUCUGUCUGUCUGUGUGUCUGAUCAGCUUCGUGUACACGGACCGGCAAGAGGCUGUCGAGAGCAUCCUCUCGUCCAUCGCCACACUCUCGCUGCAGGACCAGGUAACACACAAACAAACAACCCCUGCACUGCACACGAGCCAGCCAACACAUUCACCAAUCAAUCCGUCUCACUCUGUGUCUCUCUGUGUCUCUGUGUGUCAGUUGAAGAUAUACCGUCGGCUGCACGACAACCUGGUGCGGCGCCACGCACUCGGCAGCGCACGAGCAAUGCCUUAUGCAGCAGAGAUGUGAUGUGACAAGCUCAAGUAAGGGAAGUUGGGAGGCGGGACGGAGAGAGGAGAGAGGUGUGUCGCGGCCUGGCGUGGCGUGGCUGAUGCGACGCGACGCGUGUGGAUAAGGCAAGCAGCACAUCAAUCAUCAUGUCAUGGGGCGAUGGAUAAGGUCGGCUGUCUGUAUUUGACGUCAGCGUGUACACUAACGACUAUGGCUGGCUAGCUACAUGGUAGGGGCGCGGUGCGUAUACGCUGUGACACGAUGGACAGACGGAUGCACUGACUGACUAAUGAACGAACGUCGCUUUCUCGCUCGUGUGAAUGAAUGAAUGGAUGGAUGGUGC